AAAGAAAGAGUAAAACCAAACAACAGGGACAAACCAGUAACCGCAUAAAAGAGUAAACUAGUGUUGGUUUAGCGCUGACGAUAACUUCACUCAAAGUAGCAAUCAGUUAUAGUGAAAAAAAAAAAAAUGGAGUCAAGAAGAGUAACAAAGACGCUAGAAGAUCAAUGGAUGGUGGAGCGUCAAGUUAGGGAGAUAUACGAUUAUUUCUACAGUAUUCCCCCAAACUCCCAGUCCGUCAUCUUAGAGCUUCAACGUGACAAGCACUUCGAUUAUCUUACACGUGGUCUCCGAAAACUUGGUCCUUCGUUCUCCGUUUUGGAUGCCAAUCGACCAUGGCUUUGCUACUGGAUACUUCAUUCAAUCACUCUGUUGGGAGAAUCUGUUGAUGCCGGACUGGAAAAUGAUGCAAUUGACUUUCUGACCCGUUGCCAGGAUAAAAAUGGAGCCUAUGGCGGUGGACCUGGUCAGAUGCCUCAUCUUGCAACUACUUACGCUGCCGUCAAUUCACUCAUAACUUUGGGCAGCCCUAAAGCCCUGUCAUCAAUCAAUAGGUGCACAAGCUAUUCUAUGUUCUUACUGGUGCCUUAUCUAUCAUUCACUCCUGUUAACAUUGAUCUAAUGAUGUACAGAGAAAAAUUGCAUGCAUUUUUGCUGCGGAUGAAAGACCCAAGUGGUGGCUUCAGGAUGCAUGAUGGUGGAGAACUAGAUGUUCGUGCCUGUUAUACUGCCAUUUCUGUUGCAAGUAUAUUAAACAUUGUGGAUGAUGAGCUGAUUCAUGGUGUUGGAAGUUUCAUCCUAAGUUGUCAGACUUAUGAAGGUGGAAUUGCUGGCGAACCAGGUGCUGAAGCUCACGGUGGGUAUACUUUCUGUGGAUUGGCCGCAAUGAUUCUGAUCAACGAAGUGAACCGAUUGGACUUACCAAGAUUAAUUGAUUGGGUGGUAUUUAGACAAGGAGUCGAAGGUGGAUUCCAAGGCAGGACAAAUAAAUUAGUCGAUGGCUGCUAUUCCUUUUGGCAGGGCGCGGUAGCUUUUCUUAUACAAAGAUUAAAUUUGGUAGUCCAUGAACAACUAGGGCUGUCAAAUGACCUUGGUACAGAAAGUGAUGAUUCUUCAGAGUCAGAGUUAUCUGCUGAAGAAGAGCACUUGGAAGUGACGUCCUCUCAUGUUCAGGAGAUUUGCCCUCCACAAGAAGGACAAGAAAAUGCUUCUGAUACCACAAAGAUAGCAGAUACUGGAUAUGAGUUUAUCAAUCGGCCCAUAGCUAUGCAGCCUCUCUACGACAGCAUGUAUCUGCAGCAAUAUGUUCUUCUCUGCUCCCAGGUAGAUGGAGGUUUCAGAGACAAACCUGGGAAGGGUAGGGACCACUACCAUACGUGUUAUUGUUUAAGUGGUCUUUCAAUUGCUCAGUAUAGCUGGACCGACGAAGCUGAUUCUCCACCAUUACCCAGGGAUGUAUUUGGUCUUUAUUCCAGAAAUCUGGUGGAACAGAUUCACCCACUCUUCAACGUAGAGUUGGAUCGGUAUUAUGAAGCUCGCAAAUACUUCUCAUGCUUGUGAGAAUGUUUCACCACUAUGAGCCCGUUUGGAUUGGCUUAUAAGUUGCUUAUAAGUUGUUUUCAGUUUUUUUUUUUAGUGUUUGGCUGGCUAGCUUAAAGCCAUUUUAUGCUUAAAAUAAGCCCAAAAAAUUAAUUGGACCCGUUUGGCUUAGCUUAUCUAAAACAGCUUAUAAGCUGAAAACAACUUAUAAGCCAAAAAAAAUAAUUUAGGCUACCCCAACUUAUUUUUUUUUGGCUUAUAAGCUGUUUCCAGCUUAUAAGCUGCUUUUUUUAAGCUCAUCCAAACAGGCUCUAUAGCUUUUGCGGGAAUGUUAGCACUAGUUUUCAGAAACAUAGGCGAAUCCAGAAUUUUUAGUCAUUGGGUUCAGAAUAGUUGUAAUCAAUUAUAUAAUGAUGUUUUUGCAUUUGUAUACGUGAUAUGGGUCUAGAGUAGUGGGUACAUCUGAACCCCGCUAAACCAGCUCUAAAUCCGUCUCUGUUUAGUUCUGUAAUCAUCAAUGUGGAAUCGCAGAUAUGUAUGUUAAGUGGUUGGGAUGUACGA